AUGACAGCACCCGCGUCGACGCAGAUGCUCUCGAUCGAGCAUGCGGUGUGGAACUGGAUCGAGACCGGACCCAAGCGCCAUGCGAUGCCCGUCGGCCACCGGCUGGUGCGCGGCAUCAUGGCCGGCUUCCUCCUCUCGACGGGCGGAUGCCUGGUCCAGAUCCUCACCGCCGACCCGUGGCUCGCGCAGAAUGCCGCGGGCCUCCUCAAGAUCCUCCAGGCCGCCGUCUUUCCGUGGGGCCUCGUGAUGAUUGUGCUGCUGCAGGCCGACCUGGUGACGGGCGAGAUGGCCAUCUUUAUCGCCUCGACCAUCAAGCGCAGGGUGCCGCCGUGGGCGUUCCUGUACGGCUGGGCCAUCACCUUUUUGGGCAACCUGAUUGGCGCCCUCUUCUACGCCGCCAUCCUGAUCCACUUUGGCAAGGUGUACAGCGACCCGAUGUUGGCGGGCGCGGCGGCCAGCGCCAAUGCCAAGGUGGCCAGCAUCAACUUUCUCGAGAUCUGGCUGCGCGCCAUUGGCUGCAACGCCCUGGUCUGCAUCGCCGUCUUCCAGGCCUCGAUGGCGACCGACAUGAUCUCCAAGAUUGUCACGUCGUACUUCCCCAUCUUCCUCUUUGUUGCCACCGGCUUCGAGCACGUCGUCGCCAACAUGUUCCUGAUCCCCGAGGGCCUGCUGACGGGCCGGGCGUCGUUUGGCGUGGGCGAGUACAUCUGGAAGUCGAUCAUCGCGUCGUUCCUGGGCAACGUCAUGGGCGCCGGUCUGCUGGUGCUGCCGAUGGUCUACCUGUAUGGGGGCGACGAGCACGACCCGGCGCUCAAGGCGAGCGGCGAGCUGCCGGCGUUGCCGUCGAUUGACACGACGCGGAGGAGCUCGUACGCGCAGGAUAAGACCAAGCCGUACACGGUCGACAUCGAGAGCCACGGCGUGGCUGCGUAG